AAUGAGAGCAGUUUUGCUAGUCUGCCUUUUGGCAGGACUUGCUCAUGCAGAUUUGUUCACUGCAAUUGCUGAUUUGCAGCAUAUGCUGGGAGCAGAGAAGGAUGUAACAACAAUCAUCGACCAAUAUAUCGAAGCAGAGAGAGCCAGGCUGGAUGACUUGAGGAGAUACGCUCACGAAUACGUGCACCGAAACGCUCACGCCGAAUCAGUUGGUCCAGAAUUUGUGACGAACCCAAUCAAUGCUUAUCUUCUCAUCAAAAGAUUAACAACCGAAUGGAAGAAAGUCGAAAAUAUAAUGUUGAAUAACAAAGCUUCAACUUUCCUCAAGAACAUCACUGAUAACCGAGUUCGUAGUGAGGUCAAAUUCCCAGGAGAAGAGGAUUUGAGUGGAGCAGCAACUGCUCUUCUGAGACUCCAGGAUACUUACAGUCUUGAUACUCUUGAUUUGUCAAAUGGUAUUAUUGGAGGAGAAAAGGUUUCUAAUAAGCUUUCUGGACAUGAUACUUUUGAAGUUGGAAGAUCUGCAUAUAACCAGAAGGAUUAUUAUCAUUGCUUGAUGUGGAUGCAGGUUGCGUUGGUUAAGAUCGAAAACGAGAACCCACCAACAAUUGAGGAAUGGGAAAUUCUCGAGUAUCUUGCAUAUUCUCUUUACCAACAAGGAAAUGUUCGUCGUGCACUUUCUCUCACCAAACGACUCGCAAAAAUUGCUCCAAAUCACCCGAGAGCCAAAGGAAAUGUGAAAUGGUAUGAGGACAUGCUUCAAGGAAAGGAUAUGGUUGGAGAUUUGCCACCAAUUGUUAACAAGAGAGUUGAGUACGAUGGAAUUGUUGAGAGAGAUGCAUAUGAAGCUUUGUGUCGGGGAGAGAUUCCACCAGUUGAGCCAAAAUGGAAGAACAAGCUGAGAUGUUAUCUGAAGAGAGACAAGCCAUUCCUGAAGCUUGCUCCAAUCAAGGUCGAGAUUCUUAGAUUCGAUCCAUUGGCUGUUCUUUUCAAGAAUGUCAUUCAUGAUUCUGAAAUCGAGGUUAUCAAGGAGUUGGCUUCUCCAAAGCUGAAGCGAGCAACUGUCCAAAAUUCGAAAACUGGCGAGCUGGAACAUGCCACGUACCGUAUCUCAAAAAGUGCUUGGUUGAAGGGAGAUUUGGAUCCAGUUAUUGAUAGAGUCAACAGAAGAAUUGAAGAUUUCACCAAUUUGAACCAGGCUACUUCAGAGGAGCUUCAGGUAGCUAACUACGGUCUUGGAGGUCACUACGACCCACAUUUCGACUUUGCCCGGAAAGAAGAGAAGAAUGCAUUCAAGACGCUCAAUACUGGAAACCGAAUUGCGACUGUUUUAUUCUAUAUGAGUCAACCAGAACGCGGAGGAGCAACCGUCUUCAAUCAUCUUGGAACUGCUGUAUUCCCAUCGAAAAAUGAUGCUCUCUUCUGGUAUAAUCUUAGAAGAGAUGGAGAAGGAGAUCUUCGUACCCGUCAUGCUGCUUGUCCAGUUCUUCUAGGAGUUAAAUGGGUCUCAAAUAAAUGGAUUCACGAGAAAGGACAAGAAUUCACAAGACCAUGUGGAUUGGAGGAGGAAGUUCAGGAGAACUUUAUUGGAGAUUUGUCCCCAUAUGCCAAUGAUCCAUAGAUUUGAUUUUUUACUCUCUUUUUUGUUUUUUUUUUUAAUUUCAUUGUUGCUUACUGGUGUUUCACGGUUCCAAUAUUUUAUUUGAUCGCCAAAAAAUGAAAGUGUUCUGGUUUUA